AUGCUGUGUAGGAUUUGCCUGGAUGACAAUCAGGAAUUCUCUAAACUAAUUUGCCCAUGUAACUGCAAAGGAAGUGUCGCUAGAACUCACUCGGCCUGCCUUGAAAAGUGGGUUGAAAUCACUCACAAUACAAAUUGCCAAAUUUGUGGAACAGAUUACGAAUUAGAAUCCUGUGGAUGGAAAAAUAUCACGGAAUGGUCUGCACCACGACCAUUGUCGAACGAAUGGGAAGAUAUACUGGAUUUCCGUUGCUGUAUAGCUUGGCUGAUAUAUUUUAGCCGAUUUAUCUAUAUGAAUGCCGCCUAUGGAGCAAAAGAAACAAGUCGUCAGAUUACCGAAGCUAUAGGUGACGGUGUAUUUGCAAAGUGUUGGUGGUUCGCAUUUUGGAUGAACAUGGUAUACUACGGAUCCAUAACAGUUCUUUUGACAGAUCAAUGGAUUACUGAGAACCGUGUCUACAGAUUCCGUGAUCGACGUCCCCAAAAGAUGUGUUAA